UCACGACACGGACUUGUUUUGGUGUAACCCAUAACAUAUUUGCGGCUGCAACCUCGCUCCCAACGACAUGUGUAAAUCUAAACGUAAAGCUCUCUGUCGUUUAAGCUUUUUUGUGUUACUAAAGGCAGACUCCCUUGAAAUCCUCCUUGCUGCUUCGCGACCAUGAGUGGCUCAAAGCCGGACAUCCUGUGGUCUCCUCACCACCCGGACCGAUAUGUCAUCUGUGACUCUGAGCUGGGCUUGUACAGCAUCGGGCCUGUGGGCAGCACAGAAACCAAGCCUGGCACUCUUUCUCUCUCUGAGGAAACUGCUGCUACAUUACUAGCCAUAAACUCUGACACUCCUUAUAUGAAGUGUGUGGCCUGGUACCCCAAACAUGAGCCUGAGUGUUUACUGGCUGUGGGACAAGCUAACGGAAGGGUUGUGCUCACCAGUUUGGGCCAGAACCACAACUCCACAUGUAAAGAGUUGGUUGGGAAAGAGUUUGUCCCCAAACAUGCUCGUCAGUGCAACACUUUAGCCUGGAACCCUGUUGACAGCAACCUACUGGCUGCUGGGUUGGACAAGCACCGCGCAGACUUCUCUGUUCUUAUAUGGGACAUCAGCAGUAAAUUGGCCCCUGAAACCGUCGUAGCAGCUGAGAAAAUCCGUCUGUCCUCUGUCGAUAUGGACUCCAGCAGUGUAGUGACUAAGCCACUGUACGAAUUAGGCCAAAAUGAUGCCUGCCUGUCCCUCUGCUGGCUGCUCCGAGACCCAAAGCUGCUCUUGGCUGGGAUGCACAGAAACCUGGCAAUAUUUGACCUGAGGAACACAAGCCAGAAAACCUUUGUGAACACUAAGGCCAUCCAGGGGGUGACGGUUGAUCCACACUUUCCCGACCGUGUUGCCUCCUUCUUUGAGGGGCAGGUAGCCAUUUGGGACCUGAGGAAGUUUGAGAAACCUGUGCUCACGCUCACAGAGCAGCCAAAACCUCUGAUUAAGGUGGCGUGGUGUCCGACUCGCACCGGCCUCCUGGCGACCUUGACACGUGACAGCAACAUAAUUCGCCUAUAUGACAUGCAGCACACCCCCACUCCUAUCGGCGAUGAGACUGAGCCCACAAUCAUCGAAAGGAGCGUGCAGCCCUGUGAAAGCCAGAUAGGCAGCUUUGCCUGGCACCCCUCCUCACAAAACCGCAUGGUGGUGGUCUCUGCAGCCAACCGGGUGAUGACCGACUUCACCGUGUUUGAACGCAUCUCUUUGGCCUGGAGCUCCACCGCUUCGCUGAUGUGGGCCUGUGGCCGACACUUAUACAACUGUGUGGAGGACUCAGCUGAAAGUGCAGGAAAUGCAAUCGAUAAAGACAUCGCCACUAAGAUGAGGGAAAGAGCUCAGUCCAGGUACGGACACGAUACUGUCCAGGUAUGGAGGAACCACCAGCUGGCUGGAGGGAAUGAUCCCCAGCUCAGGUCUUUAUGGUUUGACCUGUCCUAUAUGAAACAGUGUGCAGAAGACAUGGAGCUAAAAUUGCAAGGAAACAAACAGUCUGUAGUUUGUUCGGGCAUUAAGAACAUUGUCAAGACAAGUUCAGGCACCACAGAGACCCGCAGGUGUUGGAGCGGCUCGGACCGGCAGACACACGUAACCCGCUUUCACAGUGAGGAGCGCAGCCUCGCCCUCAGGCUGUGUGGCUGGAUCAGCCGGGGGCCCGACAUCGACGUGGAGACUUUCCUGCGCUCGCUGGAGCAGGAAUGUGAGUGGGAGCGAGCUGCUGCCAUCGCUCUCUUCAACCUGGAUAUCCGCCGUGCCAUCCAGAUCCUCAACAAGGGAGCCAUUACUGAAAAAGGUGACCUGAACCUGAAUGUUGUGGCCAUGGCUCUGUCAGGCUACACUGAUGAGAAGUCCUCCCUGUGGAGGGAGAUGUGCAGCUCUCUGAGGCUCCAGCUGAAGAAUCCCUACCUCUGCAUCAUGUUCGCCUUCCUCACCAGUGAACCUGGAGCCUACGAUGGCGUGCUGUAUGAGAGCAAUGUUGCUGUCCGGGACCGAGUCGCCUUUGCCUGCAUGUUUCUCAACGAUGUUCAGCUGCCACGUUACAUCGACAAACUAACCAAUGAAAUGAAGGAGGCUGGGAACCUGGAGGGAAUCCUGCUGACCGGACUCACUAAAGAUGGCGUAGAUCUUAUGGAGAGCUAUGUGGACCGAACCGGGGAUGUGCAGACCGCAAGCUUCUGCAUGCUCAAGGGUUCACCUGGCGACGUGUUGAAAGACCCCAGAGUGCAGUGCUGGAUCGAAAACUAUCGCAACCUGCUGGACGCAUGGAGGUUCUGGCACAAACGGGCUGAAUUCGACAUCCUCAGAGGCAAGCUGGACCCCAGCUCCAAACCACUAGCUCAGGUGUUUGUGAGCUGUAACUUCUGUGGAAAGUCCAUCUCCUACAGCUGCUCGGCAAUGCCUCAUCAGGGUCGAGGGUUCAGCCAGUACGGGGUCAGCGGCUCCCCCACUAAAUCUAAAGUCACCAGCUGUCCUGGCUGCCGGAAACCGCUGCCACGCUGCGCCCUCUGCCUCAUGAAUAUGGGCACACCAGUUACCAACUGCUCAGGAACAGGAAAGUCUGAUGAGAAAAUGGACUUAACAAGGGAGAACAAACUCGCCCAGUUUAACAACUGGUUCACCUGGUGUCACAACUGUCGACAUGGCGGCCAUGCAGGUCACAUGCUGAGCUGGUUCAGAGACCACACAGAGUGCCCGGUGUCAGCCUGUGCAUGUAAAUGCAUGCAGCUGGACACCACAGGAAACCUUGUGCCUGCGGACAGCAGCUAAACGGGACAUGCGUGUUGGAAACUGAAGCCUAACACAAACCGGGAGCCAACUGGUGCAGGCUAACUGCUACGACUCCACACCAGCUACUGGGCAGCUUCAACAACGUCCCUCUCCGAAGUGGCUGCUUGGAUAGAAAGAUAUACUGCUAAAUAAUAGUCUAGGGAAUGUUAUCUAAUACCAGAGCUCUAUAUGAAGAAGGGAAUCAAAGUGUGGCGUAAUGAUUUGACUAACUAUGUUAAAGGCAGAAAGGGAGCGGAAACUAAUUUACUGCUCUACUAAUAAGAAUCACUCUCAGGAGAAGUUGAAGAGGACAUAAUGUUAUUAGCCUCAACCAGAUUAACCUGAAUCAGGAUGCAGUUUUAUUUCCAGAGAUCCAGUCAGAUAUCUGGUUUAGGAGAUGUGAUCAAAUGUGCCAUCAUUUCUUAGGUUUGUUUUGUUGUGUUUCGGUCCAUAUUUAAUGUGCGACGGGCAAAAUCUUCACAUACCUCAAUAAAGUUUUAUUCAGGGUUCGAUGACAAUGAUAACAACCUCCUACUCUCCUCAUCUGGCUUUGUGAAGGAGGGGCAUCCAGUCUGAAAGGUUUGCCUUAGAGGGCGGGUUGGGUGGG